GAAUUUACAUCACUUCAUCACUUUUUGAUAAUAAACUUAUCGACCAUGUUGUGGCGUAAAUUAUAUCCAGUUCAUUGUAAUCGGUUUCAUUGCAAUGCUGUUCAAGCUUUACGUCAUCAACAUGAUUUACUGUGGACCAAAGUAAUGACAAGUUCUUCACGCUUAAAAAUAAGAAGUUUAUCAAGUGGAUCAAAUAUCUCAACUGUGGAUGAGAAACCAGAAGAUCCGGAAGCAGAUUUUGUGCACCGACAUAUUGGUCCAUCUCAGAAAGAUAUUAAUCAUAUGCUUCAAUUUUGUGGUUUUAAUACUAUUGAAGAUUUUAUAUCCAAAGUAAUACCAGAUAGUAUAUUAUUACAAAGGAAUUUGAAAUUGGAAAAUGAAACAAGUGAAGCAGAACUUAUCAAAAGAUUAAAGUCGAUCAUGAAUAAGAACGAAGUUUGGCGUUCUUAUAUUGGGCAAGGAUAUUAUGGUACUAUAACACCAGCUACAAUACAGCGCAAUGUAUUUGAAAAUCCCGGUUGGUACACUGCGUAUACACCAUACCAAGCUGAAAUAAGCCAAGGUCGUUUAGAAUCACUAUUUAACUAUCAGACUAUGGUGUCAGAUUUAACAGGUUUACCGAGAGCGAAUGCAUCAUUGUUAGAUGAAGGUACAGCAUCUGCAGAGGCCAUGUGUUUGGCGGUCAGAUACACAAACAGGAAAAAAUUUCUUCUUGAUAGAAAAUGCCAUCCACAAACUAUGGAUGUCGUCACAUCUAGAGCAAAAAAUCUUGAUAUUGAAAUUGAAGUUGUUGGUUUGGACAAUAUGGAUCACAUAAAAGCAACCAUAAGUACUGGCCAAUGUGCUGGAUAUCUGGUACAAUAUCCAGACACAGAAGGUAAUAUAUGGAAUGAGAAACUUCGUGUUAUUGCAGAACUAACAAAAUUAAAUAAGACUCUUCUCAUCACCGCAACCGACUUGUUAGCUCUGACACUUAUCGAAUCACCUGGUAGUCUAGGCGCUGAUAUAGCAGUUGGAUCGUCACAACGUUUUGGAAUACCAAUGGGUUUGGGAGGACCUCAUGCAGCAUUUAUUUCGUCAACUGAAGCACUCACCAGAUUACUACCAGGAAGAAUAGUCGGCCUUUCUAAGGAUGCAACGAACGAAUCUGCGUAUCGACUUGCCUUACAAACUCGGGAACAGCACAUUCGUAGAGAUAAAGCCACAAGUAACAUAUGCACUGCUCAAGCAUUGCUUGCUAAUAUGGCUAGUUUCUAUGCUGUUUAUCAUGGUCCGGAAAGAUUAAGACAAAUCUCUUCACGUAUCCAUAGAAAUACUUUGCGUUUAGUGUCAGCUCUGGAAAAUGCGGGUUAUAAGAUUGCUAAUCAGACUGCAGUAUUCGAUACAAUCAAAAUAUUACCAACCUCUAAACAAAAUUGUCUUCAAUCUAUUCGAAGAAAAGCAUUCGAAAAACGAGUAAAUCUCUUAUACUAUCCGGAUAGUGAGGCGGUUGGUUUAUCAUUAGAUGAAACCGUAACCAGUGAAGAUUUUAAUGAUCUUAUGUAUAUUUUCGAAGCAACUCAAGUGAAGCCUAAGGAGAAUUCCAUUUUUGCUAUCAGCACAUAUCCUAAUCUAAUGCGUGCACAUAAUUAUUUGACGCAUCCUGUAUUCAAUUCAUUUCAUUCAGAGACUGAAUUAUUACGAUACAUGAAACAACUUGAAAAUAAAGAUAUUUCUUUGACACAUUCCAUGAUACCGUUAGGCUCUUGCACCAUGAAAUUAAAUGGUACCACUGAACUACUUGCUUGCUCAUGGGAUAAUGUCAACAAAUUGCAUCCUUUCGUACCAAAAAAUCAAGUUAUUGGAUAUCUGGAAUUGAUCGCACAACUGGAAACUGAUAUCAAAGAGAUAACUGGGUAUGAUUAUGUUUCUCUUGCACCAAAUAGUGGAGCUCAGGGUGAGUACGCUGGAUUGAAAGCUAUCAAAGGAUAUUUGGACAGAAAAGGUGAACACAAACGUAAUAUCUGUUUAAUCCCUACUUCAGCACAUGGGACAAAUCCUGCCAGUGCUCGAAUGGUUGGAAUGACUGUAAAACCUGUGAAAACAACACCGACUGGUUCUCUAGACAUUAAUCAUUUGGAAGAACAAAUCUCUCUGUAUAAAGAUAAUCUAGCUGCAAUUAUGAUCACCUAUCCAAGUACAUUCGGUGUAUUUGAUAGUAAUGUUCAAAAAGUGUGUGAAAUUAUUCACGACGCUGGUGGACAGGUGUUUAUGGAUGGUGCCAAUUUGAAUGCGCAGGUUGGUUUAUGUCGCCCUGCUGAUAUUGGUUCAGAUGUUUCUCACAUAAAUUUACACAAAACGUUCAGUAUUCCACAUGGUGGAGGUGGACCUGGUUGUGGCCCUGUUUGUGUCAAGUCGCACUUAGCACCAUUUCUUCCUCAGCAUUAUUUAUACGGUUAUACUUGUGUGAAUCGUCAAGGCCACAAUAUCAAGACUGACAAUAAGUCAUCCGACUAUUAUGCAAUUUGCUCGGCCCCAUUCGGUUCUGCAAGCUUAUUACCAAUAUCAUGGGCAUAUAUGAGGUUGUUGGGACCUAAAGGUGUGAAGAGGGCAAGUCAGAUAGCUUUGUUAAACGCUAAUUACAUGCUCAAACGUCUCCAAGACUUUUAUAAUAUACGCUAUGUAAACAAUGCGGGGAUGUGUGCACAUGAAUUUAUAGUAGAUUGUUCACAAUUCUCCAAACAGAAUAUUGACGCGAUUGAUAUUGCAAAACGAUUAAUGGAUUAUGGUUUUCAUAGUCCAACUAUGUCAUGGCCUGUGACAUCAAGUCUAAUGGUUGAACCGACCGAGAGUGAAUCUAAGGCUGAGUGUGAUCGUUUAUGUGAUGCACUUAUUUUGAUCAGAGGAGAGAUUGACAAAGUAAUCAAAGGAGAGUGGGAUAUCGAAUGUAACCCAUUAAAAAUGGCUCCACAUACUAUGAAAAUUGUGAGCAAUAUUUUGCUGAAUUCUUCUCAAUAAUCUGCAUGCAUCAAAACGACUUGAAGAUGAUUUCAGGAUUCAGUCUAGAAUGAUAUGUCUAUGUAUAUAUAUCAGCAUUUAAUGUGAAUGUUUAUUCGUUCAUCGAGAAUGGACUUGGGAAUUCUAAAUGAGAAGACCAAGAUUUUAAGUUAUAAAAUGAGCCCCAAUGAAGUCUAGGAUGAAUGCCAACUAGAAACAGAAAUUUGUUAACUGCAAUUGCCCCAGUCUUGCCCAGCACUAAAUAUAAAAGUUUAUGUAUGGUGAUGAUAGCUUACUCUGCUUUGAAGUACCAAACUCAAAUCUAUAAUACAAGACUUGUUUUUCAAUGUGACACUGACUACAAAUUAUUAAAGUUAUCUUCCCUGAAACACUCAGGUCGGUCUUUCUGCACUAAAAAUGAGAAUAGUUUAGAAAAACAUGUCAGUGAACCUUUAAUAUCUAGAUUCGUAUAGAUGUGUUAUUAUCUUGAAGCGACUUUUUUAAUAACUCAUAAGCUGUUACCUGUUUCAGACAGUAAUGGAUUCAAAGUGGGACAGGCCAUAUACACGUCAAGUGGCAGCAUUUCCGGCCCCAUGGCAAGCUACGAACGGUGGAUCAGUGAGUAAAUUGUGGCCAACUGUGAGUCGAUUAGAUGAUGUGUACGGUGAUCAACACUUAGUAUGUACGUGCUCUUCACUCCCGGAAAAUGAAACGAACUAGAAACUCAUUUCAAAUGAACGUUAAAUCUUUAAUAAAACACUUAUAUCAAUAAGGUAUCUCGGUUUUUAAAACUGACCAAACUUGCAUCCGGAUUUCUUUAAUUUCCAAAAACUGUACUUUUUUUCAAAUAAAUUUGUAGCUGA